UAUCGCAACGAGUCGCGAGCGGAGUGUACCACGGCCCUUCAGUCUACUAUUUUAAUAAGAAUAUUUGUGAAAUAUGUCGCUGAUCUCCGCUCGUUUGGCCUCCUCGGUGGCCAGGCGCUUACCUAAUGCCGCCACCCAGGUUUCGAAGGUCGCCGUACCAGCGGUGGCGGUGGCAUCGCGCAAACUCCAUGUCUCCUGCACACAGAGGGCUGCCGAAAUCUCCACAAUCCUGGAGGAGAGAAUCCUUGGUGCCGCACCUAAGGCCGAUUUGGAAGAAACUGGCCGCGUGUUGAGCAUCGGUGACGGUAUCGCCCGUGUGUAUGGACUCAAGAACAUUCAGGCCGAGGAGAUGGUGGAAUUCUCCUCCGGCCUUAAGGGUAUGGCCCUCAACUUGGAGCCCGACAACGUGGGUGUGGUCGUAUUCGGAAACGACAAAUUCAUUAAGGAAGGUGACAUCGUCAAACGUACCGGUGCCAUUGUGGACGUACCAGUGGGCGAACAGCUGUUGGGUCGCGUAGUGGACGCUUUGGGUAACGCCAUUGACGGCAAGGGACCCAUCGCCACCAAGUCGCGUAUGCGAGUCGGUAUCAAGGCCCCCGGUAUCAUUCCACGUGUGUCUGUGCGUGAGCCUAUGCAGACCGGUAUCAAGGCUGUAGACUCCCUCGUGCCAAUCGGUCGUGGUCAACGUGAGCUGAUCAUUGGCGACCGACAGACCGGCAAGACUGCCUUGGCUAUUGACACCAUUAUCAACCAGCAGCGUUUCAACAAGGGAGACGAUGAGAAGAAGAAGCUUUACUGCAUCUACGUUGCCAUCGGCCAGAAGAGGUCUACCGUUGCACAGAUUGUGAAGCGGUUAACUGAUGCUGGUGCCAUCAACUACACCAUCAUCGUGUCGGCCACGGCCUCUGACGCGGCUCCCCUGCAGUACUUGGCGCCGUACUCCGGUUGCGCCAUGGGAGAGUUCUUCCGCGACAACGGCAAGCACGCACUGAUCAUCUACGAUGAUUUGUCCAAACAGGCCGUCGCCUACCGACAGAUGUCUCUGCUGCUACGUCGUCCCCCGGGUCGUGAAGCUUACCCCGGUGACGUGUUCUACCUCCACUCACGUCUGCUUGAGCGUGCGGCCAAGAUGUCUGACAAGAUGGGCGGUGGCUCCCUCACCGCUCUGCCCGUCAUUGAGACCCAGGCCGGUGACGUGUCCGCGUACAUUCCCACCAACGUGAUCUCCAUCACUGACGGCCAAAUCUUCUUGGAGACUGAGCUGUUCUACAAGGGUAUCCGGCCAGCCAUCAACGUCGGUCUGUCUGUGUCGCGUGUAGGUUCCGCCGCUCAGACCAAGGCCAUGAAGCAGGUGGCCGGUUCCAUGAAGUUGGAAUUGGCUCAGUACCGUGAAGUCGCAGCUUUCGCCCAGUUCGGUUCCGACUUGGACGCCGCAACACAGCAGCUGCUCAACCGUGGUAUGCGUCUUACUGAGCUGCUCAAGCAGGGACAGUAUGUGCCAAUGGCCAUUGAAGAACAGGUUGCCAUCAUCUACUGCGGUGUACGUGGACACCUCGACAAACUGGACCCAACUAAGAUCACCGCCUUCGAGAAGGAGUUCACCCAGCACAUCAAGACAUCCCACCAGACGCUCCUCAGCACCAUCGCUAAAGACGGACAGAUCACGCCCGAGUCUGACGCGUCCCUGAAGAAGAUCGUCACUGAUUUCCUCGCUACUUUCCAAGCGCAGUAACUGCUUAGUUACGUUUAACUCUCCUUUAGAUUGUACGCACACUUCGUAAUCUAGCAUUUAUGCGUACAAUCUGAAGCAUGUCUGUUAAAAUUUAAGUGACUGCUCACUGAAGCAUUAAAUCUAUUGAAUACUGAACAGGUAAAAAUUCAGAUGGCCUUAACAAUUAAUUAUUGACUCUUCAGUAUUGUGCCGUAUGCUAGAUGGUAAAUGCUUCCGUCAGCAGCCUUUUUCGUAGUGUACCAUUCGUAUGGACUGUACUGAAUGUGAAUACAAUCAUGUAAUGUAUUUAUCUUGUGAGUCAGCAGUGGUUAUAUAAUUAUAUAUAAAUAAAACAAUUAUUUAU